UCACAACGAAGAACACGUGUGCGUUCAAGAUGGCUGUUGACAGUCAACAAACUCAUCGUCCAAGCGCCUUGAAACAAAAGAAUAAGACGCACAAAACAGGGCGACAUCGUAGUAAAGGUCAACUAGAAACUGUGUCCAAAGGUCGGGUUAGUAUCAAAACAUUGAGCAAGAAAUUGCACAAAGAACUCACAAAGAAUCAGCGGCGUCAUCAGGCAAAUCAAAUUAGGCAAAAGAAGAAAACUGAUUUGCUUAAUAAGAAGAGGAAGAUUGGCGGAAAGGAUGGUGCCCCGCAUCUUGUGACAAUCGUCUGUACUCACAAAGAUACAAAUGUGAAUAAUGUGCUGGACAUGCUAAUGUCAUGUGACGAAUCUGCGGUUAUCAAACAGUCUUCAAGCGGGUUGACCUGUGACCUAAGUAUUCCUCGGUUUAAACAACGUUUCACGUUCCUCAUCCCUCCACCGGAGUUAACAUCGAUACUUGAUACAGCAAAGGCGUCUGACGCUAUAGUUGCGGUGCUGUCACCGGAUGAAGGUUGGGACGCUUGGGGAGAGCUGUGCCUGACAAGUUUGUUUGCUCAAGGUUUGCCGGCAACAACACUAGUGGUACAGGGCAUGGGAGAUCUACCAAUCAAAAAGAAAUCUGAAUCCAAAAAGAACUUACAGAAGAUUAUUGAAAAGAGGUUUCCCAAGGAUAAGAUAUACACACUAGAUUCACCUCAAGAUGGUAUAUUGCUAUUGCGUCAUCUUGGAGACCAGAAGCUAUCAUCAAUCAGGUGGCGCGAUACACGUCCUCAUGUGCUUGCUCGAACUGUAACCUUUGAACCUAAUCCCGAGCAGGGACUUCUUGGUACAUUGAAAGUGUCUGGCUUCUUGAGAGGGCGUCCGUUAUCUGUAAAUGGUUUGAUUCAUAUAUUAGGGUACGGAGAAUUCCAAAUGAAGCAGAUCGAUUCUCCUCCUGACCCCUGCCCUUUCAACCACCCUGUAAAGAAGAAGACAAGUAGACAAAAUGAUAUGAAUACAGAUGAUGACAAUGAAAUGGCCAUGGAAGAGGACAUCAAAGUGUUAGAAGUUGUUGACACAGCCAAACAAGAAUCCUUGCAGGCUGAGGCAGAGAUGGACCCAAUGGAAGGAGAGCAAACAUGGCCAACAGAAGAGGAGAUGGCAGAUGCAGAAGCUGCCCUUCGAGAGAAGACAAAGAAAAUUCUGAGGAAAGUACCAAAGGGAACAUCAGAAUAUCAGGCUGCCUGGAUUCUGGACAAUGAAGAGGAGGAAGAAGAAGAAUCGGGAGAUGAAGGCAGCGAUGAGGAUGAUGCUGCAAUGGAAGAUGACGACGAUGAACUCCAAGCAAGAGAAGUCAGCGAUGAAGAGGAUGCUGAUGGAAUGGCCAGUGUUGCUGAUACAAAUGAUUUUGAAACAAUUAGUAUAACAGGAGGGCAUAAAGAUAAUUAUGACCGAGUGCAUUUUGAUGAAGAAGAAGAUCUAGAAAUGCUACAAAAGUAUCGUGAAGAACGCAUGAAUGCCAUGUUUCCCGAUGAAGUUGACACUCCGAGAGAUAUUACAGCGAGAAAUCGAUUUGCACGGUACAGAGGUUUGAAAAGUUUUCGUUCGUCACCUUGGGAUCCUAAAGAGAACCUGCCUCUAGACUAUGCAAGAAUCUUUCAAUUUCAAAAUUUUAAUCGUACAAAGAAAAAAGUUCAGCAGGAAGAAAUAGACUCUGAAGUCCAACCUGGAAUGUAUGUAACUGUACACAUAGCAAAUGUACCAAAAUCAUUUAUAGAUAACCAUGAUGAAAAGAAGCCACUUGUAUUAUUUGGCCUUUUGCAACAUGAACAAAAGAUGUCUGUUUUGCAUUUUGCCCUCAAGAGGCACCAAGGCUACGUAGAACCUAUCAAGUCCAAAGACCGUCUGAUAUUUCAGACAGGCUACAGACGCUUCACAGCAUGUCCGAUUUUCUCGCAGCACACUGUCGGUGACAAACAGAAGUAUGAACGCUUCUUCCCGAUUGAUGGCGUUUCUGUUGCUAGCGUAUAUGCACCAAUUAUUUUCCCACCAGCCAACAUUCUUGUCUUCAAGGAACUACCAGGAGGAUCACAUACCCUGGUUGCUACAGGAACAUUAUUAGGAGCCAAUCCUAACAGGGUUGUUGUGAAGAAAGUUGUCCUCAGCGGCCAUCCGUUCAAGAUCAUGAAAAGACAAGCAGUGGUCCGCUACAUGUUCUUUAAUAGAGAGGAUAUUAUGUGGUUUAAGCCGAUUGAACUUAAGACAAAGUGGGGUCGACGAGGUCAUAUUAAGGAACCUUUAGGAACACAUGGCCAUAUGAAAUGCAUUUUUGACGGUCAGUUGAAGUCACAGGAUACAGUCCUAAUGACACUUUACAAACGCAUAUACCCCAAAUGGACGUAUGACAUUGAGGGCAGUGCUAAUGUCCAGGUCACUCCUGAAACUGUAGUGAGUUGCACGUAUGUUGAAGAUAUGGAGUGAUGCAGGUGACAGCGUAUGGUGUAUUCCUUAAGGUUGACAUUGUCUUUGCAAAUCAUAUUUGUAGAGGAUGUUGGAUUGCAUGCGAUUGAUUUUCUUCACUGGAUUCUAUGUGUCUAUGAGAACCCACAUAGAUGGUAACCAUAUAUGGUUAUUUUAUUCAUAAAUGAAUUGGUUCAUAUAUGUAUUUUCAUAUAUGUUAUGCAUACAUGGAUGAUAAUUUCAUUUGAAUGAUUUAUUUAUAAAAUUAAUGAUUAUAUUCAUUAUGAUGUUUUUGUGUCUACUGGUUUUCCACCAAUCGGCAGGAAGUCUUAGUGAUCAUCUCACUUGUAAGUUGUGAGAGUAAAUCCGAUUGGAGGAAUGAUGAGAUGAUCCAAAAUAUAAUGCCAUGCCCUGACCUAGAAGGAACUGAAAAGUCAGUCUGUUACACUCAGUAUGGUACUUGUACAGGUUUAUUCAUGUAAAUUUCCAACACAGAGAGCAUGGAUGGGUUAUGAGUUAACAGUAGCCAAAAAAACUUAAAACAUGCAGUAGACACGCUCACUCUGGGAGCCGAUUUUUCAUAACGGUUAUUUUAUUCAAAUUCAAAAGAAUUUUGUUCAUGUGAAAAAUAGUAUGUUUAAAAUUAAUAAAGAUUGAAACAGAACUAAUUCUGUUUUAUUGAA